AUGUCGGAUACAGGUCCUCUAUUGGAAGGUUUCAUUUUAAUUAAUAAUCGUGAAAAGUGGGCACUAGCUACUAAAGUACAUGUGAUGAAUUCGAUAUUAAAUACUAGUAUGAAUUUAUCUCGUGGGAAGACAACCGCUCUCAUUAUGAAUAUCAAGCCUUCAAUAACGUUAAAAAUGACUUUUCCAAUAAAUAUUGAUAAAACGAGUACAACAACAUGUACACCGAAUCGUUUGACAUCAAAACUGACUCCGUCCACAUUAGCUAUAAAAAGUAGUACAACGUUUCCAAAUGAAAUAAACAACGUUGAGUUACUGAAUGAUCAUUACGUACGGAGGAAAUUGUUAAAUGAACCGAGUUAUGAUGAUGAUAGUGAUACAAACAAAGGAAAAACUUCAUUAAUUGAUGGGAUACUGGGAUUGGAUUUAGAAAAUGAAAAAUUUCAAAAAGCGGAUAAUGAAUUGAGUAAUUCAAUUUCAUUUGAUAAUCAAAUACUUGAUGGGAGUGGCGAAAGCACGAUCGAUACAACCGAAGUACCAGUUAAACCUGAAGGUCUUGAACCAAAAUAUUAUAGGGGUUAUAGGUUAUCGAGCAUGCUGAUGCCGAAUAUGACCAUGGAGGCUUCCCAUAGAU